GAAAGGUGUGGACAACUUUCUCACGGAGGCGGUGUCAGUGGAUGCUUCCUUCCGACAGCAAUGCCAGUCUGCUCUGGCGGAUGUGGAGCGGGCGCACGCUUCGGAGCUCCUGCAACGAGCGGAAGACGUAUUCACCAAGGUGUCGACCUUCGCUUCUGAGCUCCUCCCGAAGAUUGACAGCCAGGAGCCCCUUCCGAAGGAGAUGUUGUGCUCGCUGAAUGCCACCAUUGCAGAGGCGGAGGUGAAGUCCGACGUUCUGCCGGAGACACUUCUCAAUGCAGAGCUCGGCUCAAAGCUGUACCCUGGGUUGCUCAAGAAGGUUGAAGCUGUAUGCAGAAGAGACAUGCAAGAGCUGCAGAAGAGGGAGCUGGAGAACUUUCGGGCCUUGCUGCGCAAAGGCGGCUUGGACGACAGCUUCGAUGCCAAGGUGGCACAAUAUGCUGCAGAGCGCAGCCGAAAGCUGGCAGAGGUCAUCAAGGUUCACGAAGAAGCCUUGGCCCAUUCCGAUCACCGGCCUUUGAGGGAACAAGUUCAGCCAGGAGGCUCCAUCCUCAGGAUCCUCACGUGGAACACUCUGGAGUUCCCUUCCUUGACGGGGAAAGUUGUGCAGGAUCCUGCCGUACUGUCGACAAAUGCUGCGACAGCUGAAGCGCCGCCUUGCCGCAAAGCAGCUGCUGACCCAACAAUGAGAGAAAGCCCGGAGGACUCCAGCAGAGACCUUUUCGUCAAGUGGUGCAGGGAACAUGAUGCCUUAGGAGGCGGAGCUCUUCAUCCAUGCGAUGACAUCGCCAACAGCAGCUUGGCGAUUCUCGUGGUCAUAGCUGCGCACGCAGCCUAUGUGGAGAAGGUCAUUGUCGACGCGCUGUCGACAGAAGUGGAUGUGGCUUUCCUUCAGGAGCUGAACCAUGAAGUUGCCCAGAAGGUGCUGUUGACGGGUGCGAAAGAGCUGUCUGCAGAGACCCAGCUCAAGCAGCACGCGUCCUUUUUCUUGAAGUUGAUGUUGAGGCUAGAAAGGCUGGGCUACAACCUUGUCAAAAGCCAACGAAGACAGCCGCUCGAUUCCAUGUCACCCACAGCCGAGUGA